GGGAUGGGGCAUCCUGAAGCUGGGGAAUUCGGGGGAAAUCACAUGCCACUGAAUGCGCCUGCGUCACCAGAUCCAAUGGUAAGCUGCGGCCACUGCAUCCUGGGGUUGCUCUCCGCCGAGGAUCCAGCUGCUUUUGCUCUACAUGUCCGUCUUGGACACACGAAAUCGGCAGCAGCCCAUUUGAUGUUCUCAGUCGCAAUGUGCAAAUGACCAAAAGAGCCAAACCGUCAAACCUACAACUCGUCCCGUUGAUCAUAGCUGUGCUUCGAUGAACUCCCUCCUCACCUGAUCCCCCUGCUUUCUACGGCCCUGCCCGACUACAUCCACGGGCUGCGCCGGUCCAGACCUCCGCCGCCAUGGCGGUCCAAUCCAAGGUGGUCCUGCCCGAUCGGUCGAUCAAGAAAGCCAUCGCGCAUCUGACCGACUUGUAUAUCUCGAACCGAACGCGCAUCUCGCGCGCCGUCUACCUGACUCUUCUCGUUGCCCUGGUCAACCGUGUGCGACAUGCCAUAUCCGAGCAGAAGGCUGCAUCUGCUAGGGAGCAGGCCAAGAGGCGCUCGGGGACAACGUCUAGUGACGGAAAAGAUGCCACGGCUAAGAAGAAGGUCGAGCUCAAUCGCGAGUUCUUCCGCUCCCUGAUCAAACUGCUGAGGAUCGUGAUACCCAGUUGGCAAAGCAAGGAAAGCCGGCUGCUGCUCAGUCACAGCAUCUUCUUGGUCAUCCGGACUUUGAUCAGCCUGAAGGUCGCCGAGAUGGACGGUGCCAUCGUGAAGGCGCUCGUCAAGGGAAAUGGGAAGGAGUUCCUGCUGCGCAUCGUGUGGUGGAUGGUAAUUGCCAUGCCCGCGACCUUCACCAACUCGAUGCUGUCAUAUCAUCAAGCCGAACUGUCGCUGAAAUACCGGACGAGGCUGACACAGCACAUUCACGACAAAUAUCUGUCGCAGCUCACCUUCUACGGCAUAUCGGCACUGGACGACAGGAUAAAGAACGCAGAUCAGCUCAUCUCAGUGGAUGUUGCCAGGUUUUCAAACAGUCUGGCUGAACUGUACAGUAACCUGGCCAAGCCUAUCCUCGAUAUGACCGUCUACACGUACUCGUUAUCAAAGAGUGUAGGCGGGGAGGGGGUUAUAUUCAUGUCACUGCUGGUGCAGCUCUCUGCUAAUGUCCUGCGCGCCCUCACGCCACCAUUCGGCAAAUAUGUUGCAGAUGAAGCACGACUCGAGGGAGAAUUCCGAUUCCAGCAUUCUCGGUUGAUUGAUCAUAGCGAGGAGAUCGCUCUCUACGCCGGCCAUGAAGCUGAAAAGGAUACGCUUGACAAAGGCUAUUUCACGCUUAUCAAGCAUGUGAACUACAUCUUGCGUCAACGUUUUUACCAUGGUGUCAUGGAAGACUUUGUCAUCAAAUACUUUUGGGGCGCUCUUGGACUGCUGUUGUGUAGCGUCCCUGUCUUCUUCAAACUUCCGGGCCAACUCGCAGGCCCUGGUGGUGUGAUCAGUAUGGGAGAUCGGACGGAGACUUUUGUCACUAAUCGCAGGAUGCUGCUCGGCGCGUCUGAUGCGUUCGGGCGAGUCAUGUUUUCUUACCGGGAGAUUAUGGAGCUCGCAGGUUACACCUCACGCGUUGCUUCGUUACUAGACGUCAUGGAUGACAUUCAGGCCGGCCGUUUCGAGAAGAAGUUAGUUUCGACCUCGGGAACAGAGGACAACGCUGCGGUACUGCAAGGCCGUGGAAAAGUUGUCGAGAGCAAGGACAUCCAGUUCAUCGACGUGCCGAUCAUCUCUCCUAACGGAGACGUUUUGGUCAAAGCUCUCUCUUUUAGUCUGAAGCAGGGAGACCAUCUGCUCGUCGUUGGGCCCAACGGAUGUGGAAAGUCGAGUUUGUUCAGAAUCCUGGGUGGGCUAUGGCCGGUCUACGGUGGUACUGUGUAUAAGCCUCCGUUCCAUGACAUCUUCUACAUCCCGCAGCGACCAUAUCUAUCUCGCGGCAGCCUUCGACAGCAAAUAACAUAUCCUGACAGUUUACGGGCUGUCCGAGCUCGUGGGGUCACUGAUGCGCAGCUUCUUGACGUGCUCAAAAUCCUCGGACUGGAGCACCUAGUUGAACUGUACCCGGAGGGCUGGGAUGCUGAGGCGGAAUGGCGAGAUGUGUUGUCUGGUGGCCUUCAACAACGCGUAGCCAUGGCACGCCUCUUCUACCAUAAACCACGGUAUGCCAUUCUUGACGAAUGCACCAGCAGUGUCACCCUCGAAACUGAAAAGGUCAUGUACGACACCGCAAAAGAGUUGGGCAUUACGUUGAUGACUGUCAGUCACCGCAGAAGCUUGUGGAAAUAUCACAGCCGAAUCCUGCAAUUCGACGGUCAGGGCAACUAUAUCUUUACGAAGCUCGAUGCUGACAAGAGGCUCAAACUGGAAGAUGAGAAGGAAGAUCUGGAUGUCAUGCUAAGACAAGUCCCUGAGAUCGAGAGGAGGAUUGGGGAGUUGACUGCAGAAUAAACGACGGUCGUCAAGGUCAUAAAGGUGUGUACAUUACUUGCAUCAUCGCUGCAUGAAGGCUAGCUAGGUGUAUUUGGCGUUGGGCCCAGGCUCGAAUUCUACGAAAUUUUGUCAACAGACAAGCUUUACUCAACUCAAAUGUGACCAGAACGUCCGUAACAAUAAGACUGAGAACGGGGCCUCCCUCGAACUCCACGAGUCAGGAGAGCAUUUAUUCAAGUCAGCAUUCUACAUUCAAUAUACUUCUAAUCAAUGCACUUGGUUUUUGUCUCGAAGGGAUACGAGGCUCACACGUUCUCCUUGGCAACUGCCCAUCAAUGUGCUGGUUCCCAUCAGCCAUCCAAAUCCCCCUUAGCUUGCUGCAUCUUCAGCUAGUGUAACAUAUUCACCAA